ACUCUGCCUGCAGUGGGUAUGUCUCCAAAAUAUCAAAUAGAGCGUGCUGCAGUGGUUUAUGGAUAAAACUGGGCAUUUCAGAGCUUGUUUAAUUAGGCUUGUUACUGUACAAACUCCUGAAGAGUCAAGAAUUCGUUUCAGUGAUAAAAAAACAGCUUUCUGGAACAUGGGAAUGAAUGCAAAUCAGCUUCUCUUCUUCUCCAGCCUACUUUUUGUGACCUGCUGUUGCAAUGGUGGCAGAAUCUUAGUGUUUCCAGAAGAUGGCAGCCACUGGGUGAAUAUGCAGGUCAUACUUAAAGAAUUGCAUGCCCGUGGCCACAGUCUGACCGUGGUACGCUCUUCAAAAAGCUGGUACAUUCAGGACAGUUCUCCUCUCUACACAUUUAUUAGUGUUAACCUGACUAACACAGAAGAAGGUAGCUCAGUGUUAUUUGAGACCUUGCUGGAGCGGUCACUAGCUUUACGUAGGAUGACACCGAUCCUGCGCUUUUUUGAACAGCAGAAGGAUGUGAUGACCAUGCUGAAGAUAUUCCACAGUGGAGCCCUUAGUCUUAUCUCUACCAUGUUGGAUGACUCAGCACUGAUGGGAAAACUGAAGGAUGCUAAGUUUGACCUAAUGCUCACUGACCCUGCUUUCCCUGCUGGGGUUCUCCUGGCCCACUAUCUCCACUUACCCAUGGUGUAUAAUGUACGCUGGCUCAAUGCAGGAGAUGCACAUAUGGCCAUUGCUCCAUCUACGCCAUCUUAUGUUCCCAUGUACAACUCAUUGUUCAGUGACAGAAUGGACUUUCUGCAGAGGACUGAGAACUUCCUUCGCUAUUUAUUCAGCCGCCUUCAGGAACACUUUGUUAUCCUACCCAUUUAUGAUGAAUUGCUCAAGAGGCAUUUUCCACUAAAAUCAGAUCUUCUCACUAUGCAGCGUUCAGCAGAUAUUUGGUUGCUGCGUGUUGACUUUAUUUUUGAGUACCCACGCCCUAGCAUGCCUAAUGUGGUCUACAUAGGUGGCUUCCAGUGUCGCCCUGCUGAACCUAUUCCUACAGACCUGGAGGAGUUUAUGCAGAGUUCUGGGGUGCAUGGCGUGGUGGUCAUGUCCCUAGGAGUCAUGGUCACUGCUCUUCCUAAACAAAUCACAGAAGCCAUUGCAGCUGCCUUUGCUAAGCUACCUCAGAAAGUCAUAUGGAGGUAUGUAGGUGAACGGCCAUCGUCUCUGGGUAACAACACUUUGCUUCUUGAAUGGCUUCCUCAAAAUAAUCUCCUGGGGCACCCGAAGACGUGUGCAUUCGUGUCUCAUGGUGGCACCAAUGGCAUCUACGAAGCUAUCUAUCAUGGGAUUCCAGUGUUACUUCUGCCACUUCUCUUUGAUCAGUUUGACAAUGCAAUUCGACUGGAAACCCGAGGUGCUGCACGUGUGCUUGAGGUCAGCACAUUGACUUCUGAAGAAUUCCUUGAAGCCCUCAAGGAUGUCAUUAAGAAUCCAUCUUACAGAAGCAAAAUUCAGAAACUCUCAGCACUUCACCGUGAUCAGCCCCUUCUUCCUAUAGACAGUGCAAUAUUCUGGAUUGAGUAUGUUAUGAGGCACAAAGGAGCUCAACACCUGUACUCAGAAGGAAUUAGACUUCCAUGGUACUCAUACCAUAGCCUAGAUGUGAUAGGUUUUCUGUUAGUCAUCAUUAUAGCUGUACUCUGGGCCACUGUAUAUCUCAUUAAAUUUAUUUGCUGUACACCAAACAGGAAGCAAAAGACUGAGUGAACUCCACCUUAGUCAUCUAUAGACAUGUAACCUAUAUGUGUUUUUGUUGUUGAAUUUUUUUUAUCUUGACUUUAGGUAGAUAGGUCAUUUAACAGCGAAGACCAGUAGAUGUUACGUUUGCCACAUAAUAUUCAUUUUUGAUUAUGCAAUAAAUCAUCAAUUUCCUUACUGAUCAAAAGUAAAUUCUAAAAGUAAAAUCUAGUGUCAUAUGUAUUCA